AUGGCUACUAUCGAAAAUAAUCAACCACGUGAUAUCAAAACGGAUCCUUCGUUGGAAUAUGACAGAAAUGAUCCUUCGUUGGAAUAUGACAAAAAUGAUCCUUCGUUGGAAUAUGGCAAAAAUGAUCCUUCGUUGGAAUAUGGCAAAAAUGAUCCUUCGUUGGAAUAUAUAAAAUCAGAAAAAUCGGAUCAAGUAUGUGAGACUGAAAAUACUACAUCAAUGAUGGCAAAAAAAGGAGUUAAAUAUAAUGAAAUCAUUUUUUUACCAUCCCUAAUCGUAUCAACUUGUGAUUUAUGA